AUGGUGGCCGGAGGAAGAGGCGCCGCCGUAGGCAUCGGCGUGGCGGUGGUGAUGGCGGUGUUAGGGAUUCAGAUCUGUUCGGCGCAGAUUUCCAGAAGCGGUUUUCCGAGCGAAUUUGUUUUCGGAACGGCCUCCUCUGCUUUUCAGUAUGAAGGAGCUAUCAAGGAGGGCGGAAGAGGACUUACAAUUUGGGACACAUUUUCCCAUUCAUUUGGGAAGGUGAUUGAUUCUAGUAAUGCCGAUGAUGCAGUGGACCAGUACCACCGGUAUCCGGAAGACAUUAAACUUAUGAAGGAUAUGGGUAUGGACGCCUACCGAUUCUCCAUUGCCUGGUCUCGGAUUUUUACAAAUGGAAGCGGAGAGAUCAAUCAAGCUGGAGUCGAUCAUUACAACGAUUUCAUUAAUGCUCUGUUAGCUCAAGGAAUCGAACCCUAUGUCACUCUCUAUCAUUGGGACCUUCCUCAAGCCUUAGAAGACAGAUACACUGGCUGGCUCAGCCCCCAAAUCAUACAAGAUUUCGCGGUUUUCGCCGAGACGUGCUUUCAGAAGUUUGGCGAUCGAGUGAAGAAUUGGAUUACGUUCAAUGAACCGCAUACCUUCGCUACACAGGGUUACGACAUCGGCCUUCAUGCGCCGGGCCGCUGCUCCAUUCUUCUCCAUCUCAAGUGUCGGAAUGGCAACUCUGCAACCGAGCCUUACAUUGUUGCGCACAAUCUUCUCCUAUCGCACGCCGCUGUCUCCGAUAUUUACAGGAGAAAGUACCAGAAGAGCCAGGGAGGAGUGAUUGGGAUCUCGCUUGAUGUUAUCUGGUUCGUACCAGGUACGAAUUCCACCGAUGACAUUCAAGCAACCCAAAGAGCUCAAGAUUUUCAGCUCGGAUGGUUUCUCAAUCCGUUGAUAUUUGGUGAAUAUCCAAGCUCCAUGAGAAGCAGAGUUGGAGGGCGGCUACCGACGUUUUCCGCGUCGGAGUCGGCUUUAGUGAAAGGAUCUCUGGAUUUCGUUGGCAUAAAUCACUACACCACAUUUUACGCUUAUCACAACAGCACAAACAUUAUUGGUGUUGUUCUGAAUGACAGCAUUGCUGAUUCUGGUGCCUUCACAGUUCCAUUCAAAGGGCUGAAAACCAUUGCAGAAAGGGCAAAUUCUAUAUGGUUAUACAUAGUUCCUAGUGGGAUGCGAAGUUUGAUGAAUUACAUCAAGAACAACUAUGGAAAUCCACUAGUGAUCAUCACUGAAAAUGGGAUGGACGAUCCGAACGACCGAUCUAAACCGAUCAAAGAAGCAUUAAAGGAUGAGAAAAGGAUCAGAUACCACAAUGGCUACUUAACAAACCUUCUAGCUGCCAUCAAGGAAGAUGGGUGCAAUGUGAAAGGGUACUUUGCUUGGUCUCUGUUGGAUAAUUGGGAGUGGUCUGCUGGUUUCACUUCAAGGUUUGGCCUUUACUAUGUUGAUUACAAGGACAAGCUGAAGAGAUACCCCAAGGACUCGGUUCAAUGGUUCAAGAAUUUCUUGGCUUCUUAGAACUCAGAGAAUCUUAAAAGAAGGUUAGCCCACAGUUUCAUGCUUUUGUCUUUGUUUUUGUUGUCAUUUGAUACAUUAUCUUAUCGUGCAAAGCUAUAUUUAACAUUAUUGCGCAAAUAAUAAGAUAUUUGUUAAAUAAUAUAUAAUCCAAAUAAAUGGAAAAGGUUGCCCUCUUGAGAA